UUAUAUUUUUCAUACAUAUUUUUAUUGAAAAAUAAAUGAUAUAAAAUAAUAAUGAAGACAAUUUGCACAUGAUCAUUAGUAGCCUUCUCAUAAUUUCAAAAAGUAAUUAAUAAUAUUAGUAUAUUUUACGAUGAAUCUUUAUUCCUUUAUUUUAGUAUAUAUUGUCGUUAUGGUAUUGAAACCAGAUCAAGGAGUAUAUUGCAGAAGUUAUUAUACAAGGUAUAGGCUUUACAUUGAAAGAUUUGUGACUCACGUUGGUUUACGAAUUAAAUUUAGUGAAAUGCUAAAUCAAAAAUCAAAUUCAAAUAAUACUACUGAUAUAGAGAAAGCUUUUGAACCAGACAAGUUUAGCGAAUUAAUGUGUAAUUAUCAAUAUACAAUAAGUGCUCUCAAUUACAAAUACACUAUAAUACUAAAAAAAUUCCUUGAUUAUAUAGCUAUAGUUAUGGGUAAAUGUCAGCAAUUUCAUGAAAGAAACUUAUCGGAAAACUUUAUUCAUUGUGUAAUAUUACUUGUAGAACAAGUGAAACAAUCUAAGACUAUGUUUGAAAAUUUACACAAUGCUAUGAAGUUUAUAAGCUAUAUAGAUAUAAGAUUUUUGUUUUCUGAAAACAUCGUGCUACAUCCUAUAAUUGACGAAAUCGAAUUUAUGUAUCAAUUUGUCAUAGAAAUAAGUUUAGAUACUAGGUCUUUUGAUCUCAAUAAAUCACCAAAUCAAGAAUCUGAAAUAAAAUUUGAAAAUUUGAUUAAAUUUCAUAAAGAUGCAUCUAACAAAGUAAAUAAUAUUUUUCAUAAUAAUAAUGUCAACAAUAAUUCUAUUGUAAGUUGGACAACAAUUAAUAUAGCGAAAUGGCAUAAUGAAAAUAACUUUGACAUUGUAUAUUCAAUAAGUAAUACACUUAAUAAGUUUUACAACGAAACUAUAAAAAUUUGGUACGAAAAUCUAGGCUUUGAACAAUUCCUUUACCCCACAACAUUUAAACGAGUGCCUCCAAAACAUAGAACAAUAAAUCAAAAUGAUGGAAUUGAAGCUCUUAAGAUUCUUCUUCAGGAAUCUGAGUGGAAAUCAAUGAAUCACAUAAAUAUAAUUUAUUGUGGUAAACUAUUCAACGUAGAUCAUAUAAUAAAAGACUCAAUUAGUGAAAUCAAUUUUCAAAUAAAAAAAGAACAUGUAUCGCAAUUAUUAAGAUGUAGGUAUGCAGAAAUAAUUAAAAAUUACUAUACAUUACUAUCUGCUAUUUUAGAUUUAUGCAAUAAAGAUGCAUGUGCCUUCUAUCACAAUUAUUUGAUUCAAUUGUUUAACUCAUUUCACAAAUCUCAAAAAAUGAUGCAAGGAUUGUAUGAAGCUUUAAUUAUUCUAAAUAAAUCAUCAAUAUGGAAUGUUAAUUCUAACUCUAAAUCGAGUUUAAAGGUCAUAUCGGAAUGUAUUGAGUAUAUUCUCGAUAUAUUAAAAAGCAAUAAAUUUUCUCUAGAAAAUUUUAUUGAUAAAAAUGAUAAGGAAAAAUCUGAAAUUGUUGAAAGUUUUCUAGAAAUAUUUGAAAAUUUUCUUAAAGAAUUUCAUUUUUGCUUACAUAAAGAAAUGAAACCAAUGCACAUCCGUUGUUCUAUGAAAAUACCUUAUUUUAAAAAAUUAAAAAAAAUAAAUGAAUUCAAGAAUUUUGUAUUUACAUUGAACAAUCCAGUAAAUACAUCAGAUAAUCAAAAUCCUGAAUAUUAUAUGCAAAUGAUUCUUAAUGCAUGUAAAUAUUUGGACAAUUUUUGUGAAGAUGUUUACAAAUCUUGUUAUGUAAAUCUGGGUUUUAGAAAAGUUUCAGACUGUCAAAACAUAAAAUUAGACGGCAAACUUGUUAAAUUUACUGAAGAUUUUUCUACUUAACUUAUAUUAUAUAGUUAUAGUAAGAAUCAACACAUUGAAAAUAAAAUGUAAAUUACAUAAAAUUAUUUUUUUAUUAUUUAUUUUAGAUUUCACACGUUCAAUUAAAAGAACCCUUCUGAAAUUAACAUUUUGUUUUACUAUCCCUAGUAUUUUUUUGUAAAUUUGCUGUAUUUGUAUUCAACUGCACAAAUAACAUAACAUACUAUUAAAAAUAUUUGAUUGAGUUAUAAUAAUAUAUUGUUUAUGGCUAAAACUUCAAGAGCAAUUAUUUGUUCUUUCAUUUAAUAAUAUGAAAGCCCAGCAUAGUUUUGCCACGACAUAUUAGCGCAGCACCAGAGUUGGGACCAGUAUAGAAAAUAUCUGACAAUAAUUAACUUUCUAUUAUAAAAAAUUCUAUGAUAUGAGUUCGUUAAAUUUUUCAAUAGUUUUUACUUUUGUAAUUUCACGAUUUCAUGUUGUAAAAUUUCACUAA